AUGGCCUCAGGGGCACUGAGCUCUCUGUGGGCAGCCCUGCCCUCCCUGCCCUCUGCAGGGCUCCUCUCAGGCCAGCUGCUCAUCCUCUUCCCUCCUCGCACACCCAGCAGGAGCUCCCGGUCCGCCCAGCUUACCUGCUUCUGCUCAGAGACCAUCAAGACCCACCCGGCCUCAGAGGCCUCCAGGCCCAGCCCCACCCACCCACCCAGGUUCAGGGCCCCAUACCCUUCUUUCCUUGGCUCAGGCACGCGGCGCCUCCUGCAGCCGAGUCCAGCACGCCUGGAGGCCGGGCGCCUAGGCUUCGUGUCCUUCCGCCGGUGGCGACGGCGUUUUCUCCUCUUUUGCCGAGAUGCCCUCGGGCUGGGGCACGAGCGACCUGGUUUGCCCAUGAUGCGGGUGCUGGAAUCCCAGGUCUCCACGCCUGCCAGAAUCUCCUCCCACGUCUCAAGACCCACAAAGGAGCCAGCUUGCAGGAAGGCCCCUCAGGACCAUGCCGGCAGGGGUCAGCAGGCACAGCACACCACGAUCCUGCUCUGCAAGUCCAGGAGCAGUGAGGCGGCGCUGCUGCCCCAGGAGCACAGGAUGUUCAUGGAGGAGGCCUACAAUGCGGCCAUCUGCUUCAAGAUGCUCCGGGACAUCAACAGCUCCGACCCCCUGCACCUGAAGUACAUCAUCAAGAAGGUCAAGAACAUGGCUGAGGGGUCCCCCAACCUGGUGAUGGAAACCAUCCAUGACUACUUCACAGACAACCCAGAGCUCUCCAGCCGGCACAAGUUCCGGCUGUUCCAGGUCCUGAAGAAUGUCAUUGGAGUCAGUGACACCCUGGAGCAGACCUGGAAGAGGCGCUUCAUGAAGCUGGCCCUGGAGAACAUGACCAAGUCCACGGAGCUGGAAGACAUAUACCAGAAUGCAGCCAGUGACGUGCUGGUGGCCCUCUGCCGGCACUCGUGGCUGGAGGUGGCCCAGCACCUGGAGACGGAGCUCCUGACGGGCGUCUUCCCGCACCGCAGCCUCCUCUAUGUGAUGGGCGUCCUGUCCUCCCACAAGGAGCUUCUGAACAAAGAAGACAGGGCGCGCUGGGAAGAGCUGCUGGCCCAGAUAGCUGUCAAGUCGGUCCCGUUCCUGAACACAGAUGUGUGGUCCAAGGAGCUGCUAUGGGCCCUCACCAAGCCCAGCCGGACCCAGCAGGAACAGCUACCAGAGAAGACCUUCCUGUUCACCUACUACGGGAUGAUCCUCCAGGCUGAGGAGGACAGCGCCACGGUCAGGACACACCUACAGUCCCUCCUGGAGACCUCCCACCAGUGGCCCAAGCAGAGGGAGGGCAUUGCACUAACUGUGGGGCUGGCCGCCAGCCGCCACCUGAAUGACGUCUGGGCCAUCCUGGACCAGUUUGGGCGGAGUGGGCCCAUCAAGUGGAGCCUGCACAGCUUCUCCCUGAAGGGCCCGAGCUCAGAGGACCUGCGCUGGAAGUGGGCCAGCAGCACCAUCCUGCUCGCCUACGGUCAGGUGGCGGCCAGCGCCAAGGCCCACAUCCUCCCGUGGGUGGACAACAUCUUGUCCCGGAUGAUCUUCUACUUCCGCUACAGCUCCUGGGAUGAGAACCUGAAGCAGAGCUUCCUCACUGCCACCCUGAUGCUGAUGGGGGCCAUCAGCCGGAACGAGGGUGCACACAGCUACGAGUUCUCCCAGACCUCGGAGCUGCUCGAGUGUCUGGUGGUCUUGAUGGAGAAGGAACCCCAGGACGCGCUGUAUACGGAGAGCAGACGGCAGGCCCUCAACAUCGUCUGCAGCCUCUGUAGGCUGAGACCACCCAUGGACCUGAACAGGAAAUCACGGCUCCUCUCCACCUGCCUCCGCAGCGUGUUCUCUCUGCCGCUUCUGGAUGCCCUGGAGAAGCACACCUGCCUCUUUCUGGAGCCACCCAACAUACAGGUGAGGCCCUUGCAAUGGCAGGCCCAGCAGAUAGGCUGGGGAAGAGGGGGCUGGCAGGCCUGGGCCCUCCACGCCUCCCCUCGCAUGCAGCUCCUGUACAGUCAGACCACAGAGGCACUGGACUGCGUGUUGCAGAGUUUCAUCACCCAGAGCCCCACGGCCGAGGAGCUGCACUUUCUACUAUCGCACCUGUAUGUCUGGCUGGCUUCAGAGAAGGCGCAUGAGCGACAGCGGGCUGUGCACAGCUGCGCGACGCUCCUCAAAUUCCUGAACCACCAGCUCUGCCUAGAUCCAAAGGAGGGCUUCAAACGCAUCGGGCAGCUAGUGGGCAUGCUGGGGAUUCUGUGCCAGGACCCGGAUAGGGCCACCCAGCGCACCAGCCUGGAAGGGGUGGGCCAUCUCUACCAGCUCCUGAUGCGCCAAAAAGCAGGAGAACCUUUGCAGGUGGAAUCACUGACCCCCAAGGAGUUCUCCCAGCCCAGUGCAGACGGAGCCCCCCUCUGGAGCAGCGGAGACCAGAAAGCCACUCCCCUGGACCCCCAGGAGCUGGCAUCCCCAAAGGAUGGCAUCUUCCACCUGGACAGCUCCCAAGCCCUCAAGGAGCUCAUGAGGCAUCUUUUGAUGGCAGAGGUGACGGACCUCAUCUGGACGGCCAUCAGUGGCCUGGGCUCCUCCAGUCCCUUCCGUGUGCAGGCAGCCGCUGAGCUGCUGCUUGCUGUCAUCCACCAGCACGGGGCCAAGCUGGAGACCGUCGCCAACAUGGGCCGGGGCAUCCACCUGCGCCUCUGUUCUGUCCGCAUCCCCCAAGCCAAAGAAAACGCCCUGCACGCCAUCACCCUGCUGGCCCGGAACCACACCCCGGAGCUGGUGGCCGCCUUCCUGGACUUCUCCAUGCCCUUGGACAGCCAUGCCUUCCGCCUGUGGAGGGCCUUGGGGGCUGAGCAGCCCGUGAGCCGCCUGGUGCUGGCCAUGCUGCUGGCCUGGCUGCAGGAGCGGCCCCUGCCCGCCAGAGCAAUCAACAGCAGUCCCAACCCCAAGGAGAAGACCUACCUGCGCUCGCUGGCGGCUAUGAACACGCUCCUGGAGCUACAGUUCGCACGAGAGUUCAAGAAGGCCGUGCGGGAGGCCUACCCGCAGCUGCUCCUCGCCCUCCUCACACAGGUGCACUACACCCUGGAGCUGAACCUGGCCGCCGAGCCCCAGCGGGGACAGCAGGCCCAGGAGGCAUCCAUGCCCAGCCCCCAGAGCACAUCACUGGAGGCACUCAAGAGUCUACUGUCCACCACGGGACACUGGCAUGACUUUGCCCAUCUUGAGCUGCAGGGCGCCUGGGAGCACUUCACCUCCAUCCACACCUACGCACAGGGCGUGGGCCUCCUUGCCAGGGCCAUGGUGCAGAACUGCUGCUGGCAGAUCAAGGCAGUGCUGAGCUGGCUGCUGCGCCGCGUGCAGAGCCAGGAGGAGCGAGAGAGGAAGGCGGCCAUCCUUGUCCUCACUGAGUUCCUCUACAGCCCUGUCCUGCUGGAAGUGCUGCCCAAGCAAUCUGCCCUGACCCUGCUGGCUCAGGGCCUCCGGGAUGACAGCCCUGAGGUCCGUGUGGCUAGCCUGCAGGGCCUUGGAAACAUCCUCUUCCACCCAGAGAAGGGAAGGCUGCUCCGAGGGCAGCUGCCGCCCUUCCUCAAUGGCUUCUUCCAGAACAGCGAGUCUGUGGUGGUGGACAUCAUGGGCACCGUGUCUGAGGUGCUGCACCGCCUGGGCUCUCAGGGUGCAGGCGCCCAGAGCCUCAGCGUGGCCAUCAACGCUCGCUCCUUCUUCGACGAUGAGCGGGACAGGAUUCGAGCGGCAGCCAUGGCUCUGUUUGGGGACUUGGUGGCAACCAUGGUGGGCAGGGAGCUGAGCGGCCUCCGAACCCAGGUGUACCAGAGCAUGGUGCCCCUGCUGCUGCACCUGAAGGACACGUGCCCGAAGGUCGUCACGCAGGCCAAGUUCGCCUUCUACCGCUGCGCCCUGCUGCUGGGGUGGCGGCCACGCCACACGCUCUUCUGCACACUGGCCUGGGAGCGCGGCCUCAGCGCCCGCCACUUCCUCUGGACCUGCCUGAUGCGCAGCAGCUCCGAGGAGUUCAGCAUCCACCUGGCGCAGGCCCUCAGCUACCUGCACAGCCACCACCAGCACAUGAAGACCUGGGCUGCACUCUUCAUAGGUUACACCAUCAUCUACCACCCCCAGGCCGUGUCCCGGAUGGUGAGCGAGGUGGACACCAACCUGCUGUUCUGCACUUUCGAAGACCUCAAGAAGGACCCAGAGCCUGGCGUCCGGGAAUUUGCCAGCAGGCAGCUCUCCUUCCUUCGGGAGGUGUCGGAGGGACGCCAGCAGUGA